AUGGCGAUCCCCUCAGCUAAGCUUCUGAUCUCCGCGAUCGCGGUUUUCAUGCUCGUCUCCGCUUCGUUCGCGAGCUCGGAAAUGCCGUUCAUGGUGGUUCACAAGAAAGCUACUCUCAACAGGCUCAAAUCUGGCGCAGAGCGCGUUUUGGUUUCCUUCGACAUCUAUAACCAAGGAUCUGCGGCGGCGUAUGAUGUGAGUUUGAUUGACAAUAGCUGGGUUAAGAAAACUUUUGAAGUUGUUAAUGGAAACACUUCAAGAACAUGGGAAAGACUUGAUGCAGGAGGUAUUCUGUCUCAUUCUUUCGAAUUAGAGGCUAAGGUUAAAGGACCCUUCUAUGGUGCUCCUGCUAGUGUCACUUUCCGCAUCCCCACAAAGGCAGCUCUACAGCAAGCGUACUCAAAUCCAAUAGAACCUUUAGACAUCCUUGCAGACGUGCCUCCAACAGACAAGCUUGCCCUGAGGGUGCUGGCAAAAUAUGGAUCACUUGUUUCAGUGAUCUCAAUGGUGGUUUUGUUCGUACACUUGGUAGCAACACCUUCAUCUAAGUCCAAUGCAGCGAAAGGGAGCAACAAGAAGAAACGCUAA